CGUGGCUUUGGAACCUAGGGAAUCGUCGUGAAACGAGUUACCUUCGUUUCAUCGAUCCCGAAAUCGAAUCCAGCGCCGCGCCGUUCGAGAGGAAUGCAGGUUACGUGUUGUCCUUCUGCCGAACGUGUCCCGUUAUCUGUGCCUCUGCGCCCAACCUGUGCACGUGUUUAAACCAACAGAUGCUGAAAAGACAGCGGAAAGACCGGUGGAAUCCUACGGGGCAGGUUACGCACUUUCCACACUUUUGGCGCGGACGUUAAUUAUCAAGGUGCGUACGAGGCUGGUCGUAUAGUAAAACCCAGUCAGUCGGUCGUUCGGCCUUGGAAGAGUAAACUCCGCUGGAAACGCACCCUCUUCUCGCCUGAACGCUCGGAAAAAUCAUCGCUUCGAGAACCUCGACACCGUCCGAUUAUUUUCGAACUCUAAAGAUACUUCAAAUUUCGUGUAAGCUGCUAGUUGGUGUUUUUUUUUUUUUUUUUUUUUUUUUUUUUUUUUACCCUAUAGCGUAUCAACGAAUCGCUCGAUUUUCGGCAAAUCUUUGCGAAUAUCGUUUACCGAUGAAUUUAGCGGUGGUUUAAUGAUUCGGUGUGAUCGUACAGAAACGGACAUGGAAAGGAUCGUGAUGAGAAACGUGCCGAAAUUUGUAGUGAAAAGUGUUGGUUAAUUUAGGACGCUUAUUUGCUAAGAAAAUGGUACAGGCAAAUGGUAAAUUCGUGCGUAUUGAUUCGCAGAUGCAGAUGGAGUGCGAACGGAGUAUGUCGACGUAUCUUAGUAUAAAUUCUUAGAUUGGAAUUUUCUAAAUAAACUUGUUUGGAAACAGAGAACGUGGAACACGUUCGUCGAACGGUACAUCGUCGUGCGACAAAAGAUGCUUCGUUGAAAAUUCCUACUGUAUCGCGAAUCUUUCGCAUCGAAUAGACAGAAAAUCAUAUCUACAGAAAGGAAAUAACAACGGUAUUUCCACGAAAGUGGAACAGAAAUUAUCUACCUGAUCGUUUUUCCAUCAUCCAGGACGAAAUAUCAUCUCGCGUAAAGAUUUUAUCCAACGAUUAUAUCUAUCGAUCGAAUUUGAACGUUUGGAUAAUCUAAUUAACAUUUGCGUAUAUCGAUUUAUGUAUAAAGACCGUUAUUAAUUUAAUUUCUGCGUCGAUUACCUUUUUAUCGAAAAAGAUAUCGCGGCGUGUGGAUUUAGAAAUUCUCUUCGUCAAACUACCGACUAAUGAGUUUCAUCGUUGUUUGAUACUUUACAGCAACGAGCAACGUGAACCGUAGAGACGAACGAACGGAGAAACGUAGAAAUAUGGAAGCAGCGAAUGGUGAGUCGAUAUCCUCGGAAAUAAAGUAUAACGAUUGACCCGUAAAAAGAAGCAGCAAGAUUCCACCUCUCAACUCGAUGCUCUCUCCAUUGAUCGGAACUUUUAUUCGAGACAUUUAAAACCCGAUAAACUUCAAAUUAGAAACAAUAGGAUUCAACGCUCAAGCCAAUUUAUCUAACAUUCGAAAUUCUCUGGUUGUUAUACGUCGUAUACCGCUCUACUCUCUUUCACGCGAUGCAACAGAGAAGUCACGAAGGAGAACGUAUUCGUUCGAUUAUUUCUACGAAACGAUCGCUACUAUCGAGUGACCUGAAACAUUUCUCCUCAAAGUCGAGAACCGUAAAAUAUUAAUUUACGACCAACACAGAUAUCGAUUUAGAAACUAAAUUUGUAACGUUAACGAUCGUAAUUUCGACACGUAAUUUCGACGAGGUAUAAUACAAACGAUCAGAGUAUCAGAGGAGAAACGUUUUUUCAAGGCUGAAACGACGAUGAUGUGCGAACAUGAAAAAAAUUCAUCUUGGAACUCCUUCUCGAAAUCAACGAGCGCGAACGAUAUCUCGAUUAAGCGACGAUCUACGAGGAACAAACGAUUAAGGUAAAUAAUUAAUGGGUAAUUAAAGGACGAACGUUGGCACAGAAAGACUGGAAAGACUGGAAAGACUGGAAAGAGAGCGCCUAAAGUUACGCACGUUGAAGAAGGUUGGAAUCGUGAGUCAUCGGGGAACCGGACGAAAGCAAGAUGAGUGGCAGGGGAAAAGGGGACACGAGAGGGGACACGAAAGGGGGAGAGGACAGGCUGGUUGAAAGUCGAGCGAUCCGUGAUUCGAGUGGCGAAAAAAAGAGACGCUGACAAGGCUCGUUCCGACCGUUUAUUUCUAUAUCUACCGUCGGUGGAUUUACAUAAGGAUCAAUGUCGUCUAUUCCUCCGGUUCUGAUGCUGUGGCUUCUGGUGGUGUCGCUGCCGCUGCCGCCGGCGGAAGCCGGCGAAAUGAUGGAUCUCUUUGCUCUGAUACGGGGAACGCUUAAAUAUUGGCGUAGAAUCUACCAGAUGUACGAGGAGGAAGUGGCUCUCGGCUAUUGUUGGGCGGAGUACUUUCUGCACCACGAGGAAGACGCGACGAACGCCACGAUCCCGUCGUCCCAGUCGAUCGACCCAUCGAAUUUUCUACCAGUGGAAAACGACGGUUUCGAAAAAGAGCCCUGGAACCAUUGGGGAGUUAUCGCGAUAGAAAACCGCGGGACACGUUAUCGUAGCAAACGAUCUUAUGCGAUACAGAGUUCUACGAAGAAAGAGGAAAUUUUGGACACGUCGAGAAAUUCCAAGACAAUGUACUCGCUCAUAACGCAAAAGUAUAAGUCGAGAUGGAACGGACUCGAAUCGAAUUUCACGCGUAAUAAGAACAAUCGUUGUACGAGUUGCGCGAACUUUCCCAACAAUACAGAAAGGAAACUUGCCGUUUUGACGGCGGACAGCGGCAAAGAAACGCCAAAAUCUACGAAGGAGAGAGAAAUUUCGAAGACUCGGGAGAAGAAGUUUAGCCCGUGCUCGAAACACACGGAAAACGUAGCGUCCGAAUCGAAUAACUUGUCCGAAUUGAGAUCGAAUCGGAGAUUCGCCGAGUUCUCGAGUAAUUUGGCAAAUCGUACGAGGAUAGGUGGUAGAGGAUAUCGUCGUAAUAAGCGAUCCUAUGGAAGGCACAAUUUUAAGAAGAAAGAUGAAAUUUCGAAAAUCUUAAACAAGCGCGUUCGCGCAUCGUCGAGAAACUGGACGCGAACGAACGUGAAUUUUCGAUCGAUCGAAUUUCCUAUCGAUAGGCGAGAAUCUAGCUACAGCGAAACGCUGAAUUCAACGAGGGAAAAGGAGAUUUUGGAGAAUAUCGGUGCGAGGGACGCGACUCCUAUCGAGAAAUCUGUACACGUAGUUUCAAAUGCGAGUCUAGGAUCUAGCGUGACAAGGUACGAGCGAAAUAGAAAAAAUUCAAUUUCUAGAUCUAUCACGAACAACGGUCCUGCGAACUUUAUGAAAUCGGUAGCUUCGAAACUAAUUUCCAAAGUUUCGCGGAAGAAUUCAAAGACUACCGAAUGGAACGUUUCCGUUAAAAAGUCCGCGACUUUCGAUACGCAUUCGGGAACCGGCGAAGCAAAACUAGAAGCAAACGUGAAAACUCGGAAUCCUGAGAACGACGAUCCCGUAAAGUACGAAAGAUUUCCUAGGAAUGCAUCGCGUCGUGGUGGACGUCCCUCCGAAAUAUCGAACUCCGUAGACGCGAAUAUCGCGGAAACGUCGAAGAUCGCUAGCAAUGCCUUUGCUCGAGAACUCGCAAGUUGGAAUACACGGUCGAAAACUAGCAGGACGAAGUUUAAAUCGAACGAGUUAUGCUCGAGUUCCGGAUGGAAGGAUAUCGAUCCUGCAACCGAUCGGAUCGAACAGGCAUUUGCCAAAGAUACGCAGCACGAUUACUCUGCCCUCGCGAACAAACGUUUCAUCGAACCGUCGCGCUUGCUUCGAAACUCGAACGUGGACAAAUUUUCAAAUACAUCAAAGAGCAGCAUUUUUGAAAGACGAAAGGGAAAAAGACUGGCCGUCGAAGAGCCAACUUCCGACGUACGCUCGAAAACCAGCAAAGCGAAAGUUUGGCCGAACGAGCGGAGAAACGCUGUUGGCUCUGAUUCGAGAUCGAUAAACUGUGUCUGUCAGAAAGGUAUUUGGCUUCCAAUCGUCGACGACGUCGGAGGAGUCUCGUUGCUCGUUCCAUCUUCGUCGACGAAAGAACAACCAGAGAAUCGGGAGGAUCGCUCGUCCCCGAGGGAGAAAACGGAGAAGAUGGCGCGGAUGGACGCGGAAUUUGAAAGAACUCGAGCAGAAGGCGAUCUUAGCGGAAAGUCGGAGAAUCUCCGAGUGGAUAGACGCUGUAAACUUCUAUUCUCGAAGACGAAUCGCGUUACUUCCGGUACGCUCUCGCGACUAGAGCCAUCGAAACGAUCUCGUUCGUUGCCUCUCGGAGAGAUCGCGUCGUUGAAUCGGAGAUUUAAGAACACCGAGACGAGCAAGCGAGUCGAUAAUAGUAGGAAACCGAGCGACGUUUUCCGCCUGAGAGAGUUCGGUCCGUCGAAUCUCGCGUUUCAAAAUACUUGGGACAAUUACCAGCGAAAUUUACGUCGUAAACGUGACGCAAAGGAUCGAACUAGAAGCCGGUUCGUUCGGUCUCCGUCGAAAAGCAAACGCGCCUCUUUCUAUAACCCGACGACUCUGCGUGAAAUUGCGAGAUUCGGCGCGAGGUACGCGACGUCCAACGACGAUGUUUGGACGAACGGCGUCAAAAAUCUAUCGAGAAGCGAGGAAGGGUGGUUGGAAGGAAACGCGAAAGGCUUGUACGGAACUGAAUUCGACGAUCCGAAGGAAACGGUAUAUCGUUCGAAGCGAUACCAAGAUAGCGGUCUAGCGAUAAGCCGCGAAUCGCCCAUUGUCGUCGAAGAAGCUGAACGCGGUCUCGUUCGCCUAAAAUCGGAGAGGAAAAAUCGGAAACGGCUGCAAAGUCGAAAAGAAUGGAACGCCUGGAAACGAUCGUCCACUACGAACGAUGAUAAUCGGUAUCGAAGGAACGAUCACGGUUACAUCGUUGAGACGUCGGUUACCGAACGAACGGGAAAAAAGUCGGCUACUCGACGUCCCGAGGGAGAUCCCUCGUUAUUUCCCGUCACCUACCGACGAUUUAUGGGGGAUUACGGCAGUCGAUCGUCGACGACUAAGGAUCAAGGUCGACGAUCCUCGAUGGCAAAAGUCGAGACACGUGAAACGAAUAGAGCGCACGACGCGCUUUUCUAUUUUCGCCAAGUGUUUAUGGGUUUUUUAAGGACCUUGGGAUUCUUCGUGAACGUGGGUAGACAGCUGAUGGAUUACGUGGACUCGAACAGCGUGCUCGCUUGCACCAAGGACUAUUUACUGGGCAAGGCUAUUCAUUGGAUAGAUUCGUGAAGCGAAGCGAAAGAGAGAAAGAGACAGAGAUGGUUUCUUUCGCCGGACUAGCGAAAAGUAGAGCGGGUGCAAUUUGGCCAAGCGAAUACGGCUUUAGACGUUAGAUACGAGAUCGGUAAAUGGAUUUACUAAGGUGAGUCACGAUUGUUUGCUUGAUUUAAGUUGUAUUUUAUAGAUCGACCAUCUUACUUAGGUAACGUUGUUCGCGCGAAUCAAACUUUAUCAUACUCGCGGGAAGAUGGAACAAGCGUACCGAAUUCGAUACAUCUUCCUUCGAAGAACGAAAUAUCCGAGUACUUUGAGCAUACAUUUUACGACUCACCUUAGUUACGGCGUUUGAUUUACCAGGUGCUUCUUUAUAAAGGUUAAAACAACGGAUAAGUAAGGAAUCCGUUACAUUACCGUGGUAGUAGCUUUUAUCGUACCAUGUACGAUUGCUGCAUGUGAUCGUUGCGUUUCUCGAUUAUAUUUAGCGUUAGAUUCGUACCAACUCGUAUAAAUAUAGCUUCGUAAAAUAACCUGUUACCGGGAUCGUUGCAUUUAUUUGAGAAUUGGCCGAAUUAUUUUUCUCC